GGAAAAGUCUGCAGUUUUGCCGCAGGAAUUAGAUGGUGAAAGAAGGAGAUCCUCCGCUUUGCAAGGCCGCCCGGAAGGUUUAUAACCGGGCACUUUCAACGUGACCCCGGGUUCCUUGGCGGAAUCAUUUGGAAGUCGCAGAGAAUGCCCGGCUAGAAGAUAAAGCUGGGUUUACAACACAUCGGCAAACCGGCGGAGUCAAGGCGGCGGCGGAGUAAAGGCGGAGAGCGGCAGCGGCGGAGCAAAGGCGGGGAGCCCGGGACCGGCGAGCGAGGGGGAUGGCGGGCAACUUCUGGCAGAGCUCGCACUACUUACAGUGGAUUCUUGACAAGCAAGAUGUGAUGAAAGAGCGACAGAAAGACUUGAAAUUUCUGGCUGAGGAAGAAUAUUGGAAAUUGCAAAUAUUUUUUGCAAAUGUAAUCCAAGCUCUCGGGGAACACCUCAAAUUGAGGCAGCAGGUUAUUGCAACUGCAACGGUCUACUUCAAAAGAUUCUAUGCCAGGUACUCGCUGAAGAGUAUAGAUCCAGUAUUGAUGGCUCCAACCUGUGUAUUUUUAGCGUCAAAAGUAGAGGAAUUUGGUGUGGUCUCAAACACACGUUUGAUUUCAGCUUCAACCUCUGUGUUGAAAACCAGAUUUUCUUAUGCGUUUCCAAAGGAAUUUCCCUACAGAAUGAACCAUAUAUUAGAAUGUGAAUUUUAUUUGUUAGAAUUAAUGGAUUGCUGUCUGAUAGUAUACCAUCCCUAUAGACCAUUGCUACAGUAUGUACAAGAUAUGGGACAAGAAGACAUGUUGCUACCAUUAGCAUGGAGGAUAGUGAAUGACACCUACAGGACAGACCUUUGCCUCAUGUAUCCUCCAUUCAUGAUCGCCUUGGCUUGUUUGCAUGUAGCAUGUGUAGUCCAGCAAAAAGAUGCUCGUCAGUGGUUUGCUGAACUCUCAGUGGAUAUGGAAAAGAUUCUUGAAAUAAUCAGAGUCAUUCUGAAGCUGUAUGAUCUAUGGAAGAAUUUUGAUGACCGAAAAGAAAUGGCAGGAAUCCUUAACAAGAUGCCAAAACCAAAACCACCUCCAAACAGUGAGGGAGAACAAGGGCCCAAUGGUAGUCAAAAUUCCACCUACAGCCAGUCCUAAGAAACUGUCAAUUCCACGAAAGACUAAGAGUUGAGUGGAUUUCAACUGUGAUAGCCAAGGAAAUUCCUUACACUUCAUGAAGACUUCUGCUAGAAAAAACAGUGGAGGGAAGAUGCAUGAGAUUGAGACGUUGCAGUUUUUCAGAAUUAAAAAGCUUUUGGAAACAAAUAUUCUGAACCCCUAGAACUGCUGCUGCAAAAAUGAACUUGGAGUUUUAUUUGUUCGAGUUUUGGUCAAAUGUUGAGAGAGAACAUUUUAUUCAUUGUCUUGCUCGUGCUGCAUUUUAGAACUAUGUCUAAUAAAAUCUCCACCGGUGUAAAUGAUUUGUGUAGAUUUCCCAACUGAAUUCUGAAUUGCAAUCCAAAGAAAAAUGGUUCAGUAAUUGGGGGGGGGAAAGGGGAAUAUUGUUCUAAGUGUCUUAUAUUUUCCUAGGGAGAAGUCGUAUCUUUUUUUUUAAAUCAACAAAGUAAUACUUGAGAUAGACACAAAAUGAUAAUGUAACUCAGGACAGGCAGCAUCUGUGGAGAGAAGGAAUGGGUGACUUUUCAGGUCGAGACACUUCUUCAGCCUGUCCUGCUGAGUUACUCCAGCAUUUUGUGUCUACGGUUUAAACCGGCAUCUGCAGUUCCUUCCUACACAAUACUUGAACUAUAUGGAAUUAAAAUAAAAAUGAAAUGGAUGUUUGGGAUAGAGAUAUUUCUAUUGGGUUCAAAGUUUAUAUUUCCCACACCAGUUUCCAGAUGCAUUAGGGUUGACCCUUUUUUAUUCAAAGCUCUGGUUUGAAACUUUUUCUUGCAUUGCUUUGUUAAAUAAAACGUGCAGAAAUAUUUUUUAAAAGGUGAUCUUCAAUUAGGUUACUUCGAGUUUGGUCGAUACCUACUGUAACACUUGUGAUACAACAACUAAUAUUUGGGCUUUGUCUGAGUACACAAAAUGUAUCGUUUAAAGUAAGGUUGAAAAAUCUUGGGCUAUUAUUUAAGAACUUGAAAGUGGUUAUCUGGCCUUCAAAACAAACUGAAUGAACCAAUACUAAAAGCAGACUGACCACUGGCUCCUUUUUUUAUUGUCCUGACAUGGGCAAAGCAUAAACAUGCAUACUUUGUAUUUUUCUGUUCAUGUCUGUUUAAAUUGGGGGUUUUUGGAGGUGUUUUACUUUGUUAUUCUUAACAUCACUAUUUGGAUUAUACCAGUUUUAUUAAAUUUGCCAUCAUUUGAGUGAUUCGUAUAAGUGCAUCAAAUUGUGUAAUUGUGAAACUACUGCUGUCACCCCUGCAUGCAACGUGAUUGCACUUAAAGUGGCUUUAUGUAGUCCAAAAACGAUCAUAUUAUUGCAACUCUUUUAUUAAUUAGUUCCAUUACAGAAAGGGGUAUAUUUGGGGUAUUAUCAUAUUGGUAUCCCUUUUGAGCCAUGCUAACAUGUUUUUAAAAUAUUUUGUGAUGUAGGUAAGAUUUUCUGAGAGCAUUGUGGUGGAAACAAUCAUAAGAGUCUGAAGAAGGGUCUCGACCCGAAACGUCACCCAUUCUUUCUCUCCAGAGAUGCUGCCUGUCCCGCUGAGUUACUCCAGCUUUUUGUUUUACUCCUAUCUUUGGUUUAAACCAGCAUCUGCAGUUCCUUCUUACUCAUGAGUCAGUGGAGACCAUUAUACUCUAUUGUGAAGAACAAUCUCUACCACUGAAAUUCCUAGAAAGCACAUUUUCACAUGUUUUUAUGCUAUUAAAAGUGAAUUGUAAAACUAACGCAUGCAUUAAAGGCAGACUGAUCCAUUUUCAUUCUAUAAUUAAUGGCAAAUAGGUGGUUUUGUUUUCACAACUCUAUUCCCUUAUCUAUGCCUCAAACCAACAAUCUGCUGUUUCAUUAAUUAUCUGGCUGAAAUGCCUUGAUCUAAACGGUCUAAAUCUUUACCCAGGCAUGGCAUAGAAAUUAACGUUUAUGGCUGAGGGAGGAGCAGAUAAAUCAAAUUAAGACUCCAAACUGCUGGAGUAACUGAACGGGUUAGGCAGCAUUGCUGUAGAAAAUGGGUUGGGACCCUUCUUAAGACUGGAACUUGAUUACUUGAACGACCAGCGAGUUUUCCCUGUGUCAUGUUGGUGCCAUGGUUGUGGAGUUCUCACAGCGUCUGCAGUUUCUGUCCUUAGCUGUGGUGGGUUAAAUGAUGAUCAAAAGAUGCCUUAUAGUUAAUUGCCGCUAGUUACAAAAUUAAAAGAUCAGGUUAAUUGAACGUAUUGUAUCCGUUAACCAUUUACACUAAACAAAUUGAAAUGCAAAUUAAAGCAUUCUCAAACUAUUUCUAACUUUAAAAAUUUUUACGUUUUAAAAAGUUUUUAUACCUUUGUCCAGCAGAUGACAAAUGUAAACAUGUUCAAAAUAAACCAUUUCAAUUGUUA